GUAUGCCCACGAAUGUUCCGGAAGCAGUGACAAAGCCUGAGUUUGGAGGAUCGCCCACGGGUGUUUCGAGGGAGCAGGUUCACAACAUCAAGGCUGAAGCCAAGCUAUAUCAUAUGGCCAAUAUGAGCAUGGAGCAGAGGGCCCUCAUGGAGCGAGCUGGACAACACCAUAGUGAUGAGCAACGAGCACUUGCAGCCCAGCAAGUACAAGCAGCAGCGACGCUGAUGAUGCAUCAGUCUCAGGAGUCUGUGAAGCAGAGCGUGGUGUACCAGACCAUGGCCGAGCAAAGCAAGGCAGCAGCCGCCGUGCAGCUGCAACGAUUGCAGGAAGAGCAACGACUGCAAGAACAAGCAUACCAAGAUGAAGAAUGGCUGGCUCAGCAGCAGCUGAAUGUGAUGAAGGAAGAAGCAGCAGCCCGUGAGAGGAACCGACUCGCCAUGCAGCGUGCUUUGCAAAUCCAACAGUUUCAGCUGAGUCAGCACGCAGCAGAGCAUUACUAUUGGCAACAGGAGCACCAGCGCCAACAGUCCUGGCAAGACACGUUUGUUGAUGAAGCACAGAGCCCACGUGCAGCAGCCGGCCCAACACACACCAACCAAGCACCAGCCAGGGAGGUCCAUCCGGACCUCGCUGGCACAAAAGCAACCGCUCAAGCUGCGCAAGAGCUUUUAAAGUUGGAGAGGCAGCAAGGUGCAGCACCUCAGGUGGUGACAGCCCCGCCUGCAAACGACUGCCCUACCGCCGCACACCCGCCCGCAACACCUCUUGCCACGCAGCCGCAAGCCGCAGCAAGCCCUGCUCCGAGCCAAAUCCGCGACCACGCGUGGGAUACGCAUGUGUCAGAUGCUGCGUAUAAGAGACAAAUGGAGCGCGAGCAUGAUGUGAAUAUGGCAUCACCGACACAGCUGCAGCAUGAACUGGAUGCGACAACAGCCCAGUUGGCGGGCCAUGUGCAGGAUGAGGAGCAACAAGUUGAUUGGGCAGCCAAAGCUGUGGAACUAGAAGCAUUGAUGGAGCAGUGCAGAGCAAAAGCACGGGCAGCAUCAACGCCCCUACCCAGAGCAACCGGCCCGACCCCUGACUCAACACCUGCAGCGCGGAACCUGUCUGCUCAGUUCAUGCGUGUGGCUUCGGGCAUACAGGAGGCGCAAGUUCGUGGCACAGGCAGCAACGAGCCGCAUGAGGACCUCACCUUCAAUGGCUACAAGCGCAAGUUCGACCCUCAAGAUGAAUGGCCUGCGCCUCCCAAGGCCAUGCCCAGGACAACACCUGCAGCCCGUCGAUGCUUGUCUGCGGGAUUACCUGUGCCCCCGCCACCUCUGACUCCAGAGCAGUAUGCACAGAAAAUGCAAGAGCUUGCAGCCUCGAUCCCCGCACCACCGCCUGUGCUGACUGCGGCUAAGUCGGGCUCGCAAGCAGUGUGGACUGCAGCGCCAAGGGGCAAGCCUUCCCCCGAAGCCACUGCCACGGCACCAGAUUCCUCGAAUCCGCCCUUCCCGCCACCAGCCCCGAGGCACCCCGUGGUGGUGCCCCCGCCAUCCGCACCAUCCGCGCCCGCAACCGGAUCAUCCAUGCCUCCGCCGCAAGCUGCGGACUUGCAUCUGGGAGCAAAGCGGAAUCCUGCACCAGAAGCCGAGCGGAAUUCCGCGCCAGAUUCCACACCAGAAGCCCAGCGGAAUCCUCCACCGAAUUCCGCACCAGAAGCCAAGGGGAAUCCUCCACCGAGUUCCGCACCAGAAGCCGAGCCGAAUGCUAGACGGAAUUCUGCACCAGAAGCCUCUACAAAUCCGGCAGUCCCGGUGGCAGAAGUCGCAGGUGAUACAAAGUGA